AUGGAUAAAAGACGCCACAAGCUACUCAAGGGGAUGAAAGGCGAUGUAUGUCGAAGACCAGAAGAUAGGAUUAGCGAAUUACCUGACACAAUUAUUCAUCAUAUAUUCUCAUUCCUUGAGACAGAAACCAUUGUCUGCACUAGCAGAUUAUCUAAAAGAUGGAGGUACGUUUGGACUACAAUGCCCAGCUUUGAUCUUAUAGUUAGCUGUAACAUUGAAGAACUAAGCCUCGACUUAUCCUAUAGUAAUCUCAUUCCCUUUACGCGUUGUCUUUUUAAUCGUGAAUCACUUGUCGAGCUGAGAUUACGUAUAAAUAUUAGUCUUCGAAUUCCUGAAUCUAUCUCAUUGCCGAAGCUCAAGCUCCUCCAGUUAUCUGAUAUAUAUUUUUCAGAUAAGUUAUUAGUUGAACAACUUAUUCUCAACUCCCCGCUCCUUGAGAAGUUGAUUUUAAGCAUAUUCUCAUGGUCGAAUUGGAAUCGGAAUACUCUAAAUAUUUCAGCUCCUGCAUUGAAAUGCUUGGUCUUGGAUGGUUCGAAAAAUUAUAUUGGUAUGCGCAAUGGAGCUGUUAAGAUUCAUGCACCAAAUUUGAUGCACUUCAGUUACACCGGUCUUAUUGCUAGGGACUACACUGUGCCUAGUUUUUCCUCACUAGAGGAUGCGGAGAUUUGUUUCAAAAGAAGUUAUUAUCUUGAAAAAAAGGAUGCCCAAAUAGGCCAUGCUGCAAGUAAGCUUGUUGGAGGGAUUUCUAACGUCAGGUCUCUGACAAUCUCCGGGGAAACUCUUGAGGCUCUGUCUUUCGCAUAUGAUGAUUUUCCUAGAUUCCAAAAUCUAAUCCAUUUAAGAGUGACUUCUGAGUUUAAAACUAUUGGGGACAAAGAACUACUCAAGUUCUUCCAACAUGCGCCUAGUUUGGAGUCUCUUGUUUUCGACAAGGGGUUAAGUAUGUGGCCAUCCGACAUGGGAAAUACCUUUUGUGUGCAAGGCAUGGCAUCCGAGUGUCCACUUCCACGGCUCAAGUCAGUUCAUUUUAAGGGAAUCUCAUGGUCUCCCAGAGAAAUGGAUUUGAUCAAACUAAUUUUGAAGAAUGCAGAAAAUUUAGAAAAAAUGACUUUUAAGGAUAUCACACCGCCGACGUUGUCAUCCAUAAGUAGUCUAAUUAAAGACGAAGAAGAAAGUGGAAUAAUCUAA